CUGCUUCAUCUUCAUCUCAGCUUCCAUUUUUAUCGAGCACAUGAUCCACCUCAUCUCCAACUGGCUCAAGAAACAUAGACGAACUGCACUCUUUGAGGCAGUGGAGAAGCUUAAAUCAGUUCUCAUGGUCUUGGGACUCAUGUCUCUAAUUUUGACGGUAAAUCAGAGAGGUAUUUCCAAGAUAUGUGUACCCACUGAAGUUGCAGAUAACUUUCUUCCUUGUCGUAGAAAUACUAUUAAAACUACCAAAGCAAUAGGAUCAUUCGAGCCAAUAUGGGCCAAUUCUGUCCACAGUUCAUUUCAUCAGAGAAUAUUGGCUGUAGCUGAAUCCUCUACCAACUGUCCUAAGGGAAUGACCUCUCUUAUAUCACCACAAGGGAUCAACCAACUGAGCAUCUUCAUCUGUGUAUUAGCAGUUAUGCAGAUUGUAUACUGUGUUAUGACAAUGGCUUUAGGAAGGGCCAAGAUGAGACGGUGGGAAUCCUGGGAGAGGGAAACACAGACGGUGGAUUACCAGGUAGCCAAUGAUCCUAAUCGAUUUAGAUUUACAAGACAAACAACAUUUGGACGUCGUCACAUGAGCUCUUCCACAGGCACAUCCAUUGAAUUAUGGAUUAAAUGCUUCCUCCAGCACUUCUUCUACUCAGUGGCAAAAAUUGACUACCUUACUUUGCGCCAUGGUUUCAUCUCAGCUCAUUUAUCCGCAAAUAGUUCCUUCAAUUUCCAGAGAUACAUACAGAGAUCACUAGAUGAUGAUUUCCAAGCUGUAGUUGGUAUCAGCCCUUUAAUGUGGUUAAUAGUUGUCAUCUUCAUGUUCGUUGAUGUUCAUGGUUGGAAUGUGUUUCUUUGGGUGUCAUUUCUCCCAUUAAUUAUAGUGCUGGUUCUUGGAACCAAGCUCCAAGUAAUUGUCGCAAGAAUGGCACUUAAAAUCCAACAAGAGAGUAGUGUAAUCAAAGGAGCCCUUUUGGUACAACCCAAUGAUGAUCUCUUCUGGUUCAGUCACCCAAAAUUUGUCCUCACUCUUAUGCAUUACACUUUGUUUAUGAAUGCAUUUGAGUUCUCAUUCUUUAUCUGGGUCACGUGGCAAUUUGGGAUAAAAUCUUGCUACCAUGAGCACACAGAAAUCAUUGUUACAAGGGUUGUAUUAGCGGUGACAGUUCAAGUCAUGUGCAGUUACAUUACUCUUCCCCUAUAUGCUCUUGUGACUCAGAUGGGAUCAAAUUUCAAGAGUACAGUGCUGGAGAAUAAAACUGCAAAUGCCAUAAAACAAUGGCAUGCCGUUGUGAGGCAGAGGAGGAAAAAACAAGAAUCAUCCAACUGUCAUGACUCUUCAUCUAGAGGUAGUAGCAGCAGCAACAGAACUGCUGGUUCCUCUAAUUUUUCUUCUCAUCUACAUCGUAUGCCAACUGUUGCAAAAACAUCUACCUUUCCUGCAAAACAUGAGAUUCUCGAAGAAGAUAAUCAAUUAACUCACCAAGGCACUGGCCCUUCUUCUUGCGCGGAAAUAGAAAUGCCCAAUGUCACAUUCUCUAUUAAGUUAUCAGAUGGAAUAACAAGUGGUAAGAGUAUAGUGUAAAGUUGAUUUUCUUCUUCUUUUAGGAAAUAGAAAUAUCCAAUAUGUCACAGUCUCAACCAAGUUAUAUGAUCAUAGUUUAGUUUGGAACCUGCGCAUGUGGUGCAUAUAUGAUGUUCAUAUUUCACUUUACCAUUAGUAGGUGUUACCCACAUUGAUUGCUGCAUAUUUGCAGUCAUCAUCUUUCUUGACACAGUGCAUACAAAGUAAUUUGCCAAGAAGUUAACAAUUUUCAUUAUAAUAAUCAAAUGCAUCUUGU